CCCCCGAUAGCCCCCCAAGGCGCAUUUGCGGCUCAGCUUUGGGGUCCUGCAACACCCAAACAUCCUCUCCCUCAAAACCCCACAAACCCAGAGCCCCCCCAGACAUUCGGGGCUCGGCUCUGGAGUCCCGCAGCACUUUCUCUCUCCUCUCUUGCCCGGCCCCGUUUCCCAGCUCCGGCCCAGCCCCGCGGCAGCACCAACGCGGCAUCCAAGCCCCGGGGCCAUUCCUGCUUCCCUUCCCGGCCUUUCCCGGGCCCAGCCCGGCUCUCCUGUUCUAUCCCACCCCCGCACCGAGCUUUGGGGGGCACGGCGGGGAUUGGGGGGCUCUGCUGGGCCACGAAGGGACCCCAAGGGAAGCCCUUUCCCGCCGUCCCACCUCCCCUUAUUCCCCCUCUCCCACCCCUUUCCCACCGUCCCCCCAAACCCCGGCUCCUUCCCAGCUCCCUUUGGGAGUGACCCACCGCCCCUCGCGCUCAGUUUGGGGGUCCCAUCCCCUCUUUUCCCCCUCUCUUCCCCCCUUUCCCACCGUGUCCCCCCCGCUCACCCGAGAGCUCCGCGGCCGCAGGGACGGAACAGGAAAAGGCGGAGCGGGAGGAACGGGAGGGGAUAAAGGAGGAAAAGGAAACGAGAGAGGAUCGCCCCGCCCCGUCCCGCACGUUCCUGGGAAGAAGGAGCUCGUCCCAAAAAUCUUGGUUGACCAGCAUUUCUCCUUCCCAAACUUUGGCUGGAUGGAGGAGAAGGCUACGAGGAAGAGGAAGAUGCCCCGGGACCCCCAGGCAGGCCCCGAGCUGAGGACAGAGAGCCCGGAGGACAAAUCCCCCCGGCAGAGCCUGGUGGGAGAGGCCGUUUUGAAGGGCUCCACGGCGCAGGAAGGCAGCGGGGAGGGAAAGCCACGGAGAUCUCCCAGGAGGAGGGUCUCCAAAGCCAGCCCAGGGUGCUCUGAGGAGGAAAGACCCACCCUGCGCCGGGAAGGCGGACGGACCUUCAUCCAGAGCCCUGACCUGAUGGUCCACAUUCAGUUUCACCCCAGAGAGAAGCCUUACAGGUGCUUGGAGUGUCGGAAGAGCUUCGCCCAGAUCUCUCACCUCUUCUACCACCAACAGGUACACACUGAGGAGGGACCAGUGUGAUUGAAAUUGUGGAAGAGCUUCAAGCAGAGCUCCAAGCUUUGCGCCCACCAAUCCUUGCACACUGAGGAACAGCCCUACAAGUGCUUGGAAUGUG